AUGUCACCCAUCCGCAACGUAAAGAUCCCUACGUCGGCAAACUUUGCCAAACUAGACAAACGCACCCAGUCUGAAAUGGUUCCAUGGAAGAUCUCCACAUCAGCGCAUCAUUGCGUCAAGGAGGGCCUGGAUCAAUGCAUCCGCUGUGGUCGUUUCGGUCACUUAAAAGUCCGCUGCACCACUAAUCUCAACCACACUCCAAAAGGAGAUAAACCCAAAAAAGCCUUACCGUACCCCGAUUGGCGCCGAGUCCAAAACGGAAAGAAGUACAGUAUUGAUGUGCUCAACAUGUCCCCCAGAGAUCUCGCGAAAGCUGUUGCAGAGUACCACGAUGACACACCGGUCAUUUCAAUGACUAUUGAGGAGGUCGCUGCCCUAGACGCGAUAGAGGCUGCUGGGCCAAAGACUUCACAGGGCUGUCAAAAACAUUCGAAAGCUGACACGGGCUCUCAAAAUCAUUCACAAGCUGAAGAGUCCCCCGCGGCUAUACCUCCCGUCGAAAGUGCUGUCCUUCAAUAG